CAAGCCAGCACCUGCUUUGCCUGCUUUACUUUCUAUAUUUAUUCCCUUGCACCUGGUUUUUCGUCUUUGCCUGCAAAGUGGAACUGUCCCAAACGUUUGUGUUAACUUUUGGCUGUGCAGGACUUCAGCUUGCAAGUCCUAAGCCUGCUUUUGUGCUUGUUGUGGGAGGGGAUGUAGGUGUAUGUAUCUCUGUGAUGCUGCAGCAGUCCCCGUGCUACGUCUGUUGUGCAAGUUGUGCUUUCAGCCUCUUCGAGGCAUUUUUAUGAAUCAAAUAUUCUGGGAAUCCUGCUUUUGUAAUACUAUUUUAAGGAAAUUGGUCACACCUGACCCAUUGUCCAAGUGAUAACGAGCUGUGCUGCUGUGCAGAAGCCCUUGGAUUAGAUUUUAUUCCCAGACCCCUGUGCUUUUAUUUUUACCCUGGAGGGUUGGGAGUAUGGCAGAGAGGGACUGGUGGUGCAGCUGAGAGCUCACUGAUUCAGCUGUAGUGGCACACAGAUGUGUCCAAAUGACAAAUCACUCUGUCAUUUGGAGUGAAAGGUGCUCUUAAACAAAGCCACUGACUCAGCUUAUGCUUAGGUACCAAUGUUUAAGCAUAAGAGCAAGACGAGUCAUAAUGCCAUUUCAAUUGGAACCCGAAGAGACAUCCUAAUGCCACACAGAGGGUCUGCAAUCAGCAGACGCCACUGGAGGGAACACACAUCCUUAAUCCUGGAUGCUGGGUUGUUGUUGUGCCCCAUCCUUGGCAAUGUCCCCUUGGGGCUGCAGCACUUUCUCCCAAGCUCUGGGCACAGAAGGGCUGCACUGGGCUGCCUGCCAGGAGCCAGGAGCUGCCUUGUCCUCGUGUUCUCGGUCUCCGUGCCCCCAGCCCCUCUAACAGCGAUAUUCAUUUCUGGCAUGGGAGUCCUGCUAAGGUCACACAACAAGGCUUCAGCCCCAGGAGCCAUAAAGCGUACCUCGCCUGACCCCUGUGCAAAGGCAGCAAUAGUUAACAGCCUUCCCUGGGGUUUCAUUUCCCUGUCCCCAGUGUGUGCCAUUGCUGCCUGCAUUCCUCUCUGGUUUGGUAAGCCCUUUGCCUCUCGAGCUGACACAGCUGAUAUUUCCCCUGCUGGCAGGGCAGGCGAGGUAGUGGCAUUUAACUGUUAAGGAGAUCCUGGCUUCAAUAGUGCUGUGGGAGCCAGGAGCAGUAGGGAUUGGUGCAUUCCCAGGAUGGAUUUUUUUGUUCCCUUCCUUACCUUCCUUCUGCUUCAUCCUGCUGCUUCUCCUGGCACUGACGAUUCCUAGGAAUUGUUUUUUAUGAUGGGCUGUAAAUGUCUAAGUUGGCAGAACUUUCCCAGGCACAUUUACAACCCAUCUCACCAUGGUUUUUGGAGCAUCUUUCGCCCUGGUGGCUGCAGUGCUCAAAAAAUUUCCAUUUCUGACCAUGGAGGACAUCCUUCCUGCUGGCUACGUGGGACACAUGGCUCUGGGGAAAGGUUUUAGGGGGUUUAACAAGCAUGAUUGAUUAGCUGCCCACAGAGCAUUGGUCCCAGCCUGCAUUUUGGGAAUGCAGUGCGCUGGCAUUGCCUGGCUGUGGCACUCAGUGUCACCUGAGCUGUUGGCUGUUCAGAGCUGCCUCUACAACCGUCUGUAAGGACGUGUGCUGUGCUGCCUUGUAAGGUUUACUUUUUGCAGUGGAAGUGACAGAUGACCAAGUUAAAUGUUUUAUUUCAAAAGAGAGAAAGCUUUGUUUUCUUGUGGUGCACAGGUUUAGAUGUUUCCUGUCACCGGUGGUGUCAGGGACUAAACUCACACUGUCUUGGGCCCUGACCCCUGUUGCUGGAAGUAAACGUGCAGCUACUGUUACUGCGGGAUUUUGGCUUCUCCUGCAGUUUGUGCUUUGGUAUCAGUGAAAGCCAGAUGUGCCGUAAUGACACUUUUUUUUUUUUUUUUCACUGCUUUUUGUGGCCAUACAUGGGCAGAGUCAGCUCUGGAAUUCCUUUCCUACAAAUUCAAUAGUAUCUUGUGGGUGGUGCUGGGGAAUCACUCUGGUAGCACUGCCUGGGCAGCCUGUUCCCCUUGCAAACGUCCCAAUUUGCACAUUCCUCAGUGCUGUGUUCCUGGCUGCAACUACUGGGAGGCUGCUGGGGCAGAGAGGCUGGGAAGGUUUUGCUGUGCUGCUUCUUGUGGUCACUUUUCAGUUCUCUUUUGCUGCUGGACCUUGUUCCAAACUUGAUCUGCGCAAGAGGGAAGCGAAUUAGUGCAGGAGCUUGCCUGGAUGCUGAGUGCCUUAUGAUUGGGUGUGCCUGACUGCAUCAGCCUUUGGAUGUGAGCGUCUUCUCUUGAAACAGCCUUGUGAUAUUCUAGCUGCCUGUUUUCUUGGGAGGUCCCUUGGAAGAAGCUGUCCGUACGUCUGUCUCGGUGCCUGACGGGGCUGCUGUGCUUCCAGAUUUGAACCAUGUCCCACCCGUCCUGGCUGCCACCCAAGAGUACCAACGAGCCUGUUGGUCACGUUACAGCAAGGAUGGAGACCACUCAUGCCUUUGGGACUCCCAGCAUCUCAGUGUCCACCCAACAGACGCCAAAGAAGUUUGCACCCGUUGUUGCCCCCAAACCAAAGUACAACCCAUACAAGCAACCAGGAGGUGAUGGAGACUUCCUUCCUCCACCUCCGCCUCCUGUUGAUGACCUCGGGAAUAUCACAUCACAAGGUGCCUUUCCCCCCCCGCCCCCUCUGGAUGACGUUGCUUUCAACGUGCAGGUGAAUCCUGGUGGCAAGACACUUGAGGAGAGGCGCUCCAGCCUGGAUGCAGAGAUCGACUCCCUCACCAGCAUCCUGGCCGAUCUAGAGAGCAGCUCUCCCUACAAACCACGGAUCCAACAGGGCUCCGGGACCUCCAGCUCCGCUGCCACCACCCCGUCUGUGUCCACCCCCGUCACCGGCCACAAGCGGAUGAUCAUUCCCAACCAACCUCCCCUUACCGCCACCAAGAAGUCCACUGCCAAAGGGCCUGGCCAGCCGGCACCCAUCCCAGUCACGCCCAUCGGCACCCUGAAGCCUCAGCCGGUUCCGGCUUCCUACACCACAGCCUCCACACCCAGCCGCCCGACCUUCAACGUCCAGGUGAGGACGGCGCAGCCCAGCCCUCACUACCAGCCGCCCGGCCCGCAGCCCACGCACUAUGGCAGCCUGGGGCCCGGCCAGCCCUAUGCAGCCCCACCGGCCCGCCCGCCCGGUGCCCAGCAGUAUGGCUCACCACAGCACCGUGGGCCCGACUACGGUUAUGCCCCACCGCCUGCCCGUCCUUCAGAGCCCAGCUAUGGCUAUGCACCUCAACAAAGCCGCUACCAGGACCCGUAUUACGGCGGAUAUGGAGGGAGGAAUGGCUCUGAAGCGCCCUACGUGCCGCAGAGUGCCUGGAAGGUUGAGCCAGCAUAUCCUAGCGGUAACACCGUGGGCCAGGCUCCUUCUGGGCUGUACCAGCCUCCUGGCACAAAGAAGACCUACAUCACGGACCCAGUGCUGGCUCCGCAGCCACUGCAGCAAAAGAGUGGGUAUCCAAGCUCUGGACCCACAUCAAGCACUCCUGCCUUCAGGCCUGAAGAUGAGCUGGAACAUCUGACAAAGAAAAUGCUGUAUGACAUGGAGAAUCCUCCCUCUGAUGACUACUUUGGCCGCUGUGCUCGCUGUGGGGAGAAUGUUGUUGGGGAAGGCACUGGCUGCACAGCCAUGGACCAGGUCUUCCACGUGGAGUGCUUCACCUGCAUGAUGUGCAAGAACAAGCUGAGGGGGCAGCCUUUCUACGCAGUAGAGAAGAAAGCCUACUGUGAACCCUGCUAUAUUAAAACACUGGAGCAAUGCAGUGUAUGCGCAAAGCCCAUCAUGGAAAGGAUCCUCCGAGCCACCGGGAAGGCCUACCAUCCCCACUGCUUCACCUGUGUCAUGUGCCAUCGCAGCCUGGAUGGGAUUCCCUUCACUGUGGAUGCUGGUGGGAACAUCCACUGCAUCGAGGAUUUCCAUAAGAAAUUUGCACCAAGAUGUUCAGUGUGUAAGGAGCCCAUCAUGCCAGCCCCAGGACAAGAGGAGACUGUACGCAUUGUCGCCCUGGAUCGUGACUUCCAUGUCCAGUGCUACCGGUGUGAGGACUGUGGCGGCCUCCUGUCUGAGGGGGACAAUCAGGGCUGUUACCCUCUGGACGGGCACAUCCUCUGCAAGACCUGCAACUCAGCUCGGAUCCAGGCUCUGACCGCCAAGGCCAGCACUGAUCUCUGAGUACCAACUGUGACCCUCCCCAGGAUGCCUGCUGGGGGAAUUGCACAAGCUUUGCAUGAUUUCUUUCCAGCCUAGGGCCUGAAUCUUUGUUUGUUUGUUUGUGUGUUUGUUUUAAAAAAAAAAAGUAAAACUGGAAGGCCUUGGAGCAAGAGGGCGGUUCUGUGGCCAUGUUCAGACUGCCAGCAACAGGCACCUAACUUAGGCGUGAGUCUUCCAAAGGGUGGCGAGUCUGACCACCAGCUGCUAAGUUAUCUGCCUGUGGAAGAAGGUCUGAACUGGUGAAAUGUGGCUGAGCUAGUUCCUUUUUCCAAGUUAUUUUGGAAAUCUGAUCAGGUAUGGGGAUCUUCUUUGAUUUUAAUGGAUCACCAGCAGAAGUAGCUCUACUGUCACAGAGGAUGUGAAGCCAGUGUGAGAGCAGAACUAGCGCUCCUCAUUGCAACUCAAACAACGCAACUUUGGCAGUACUGCACCUAAGGGUGUAGAUGUGACCUUGAGCUUUUUGGGACACAGAUUUGUUGUCUAUGUGUUUCUUCUUAGGUCCUUACUUGUCUCCAUUCCCUUCCAGUUCUAUAGUUGUUUUUUUUUUUCUUUUUCUUAUGGAAUUAUAUUUUUGCUAUUACAUAAACUUAUUCAGUAGUGAUGCUUCCAAUUCACAAUAUAUGAGCAACCACAGAAAGAUGUGAGCUUACACACACACACACACACACACACACACACACACACACACACAGACACAAUGUGCUUUUGAUUUACUAGAGGUAUAAGCCAAUCAUGUCUGCUGAGAAGGUCUUUCAAGGAUCUGGGUCUGAAACACUCUUUAAAAAUCCCAGUGGUUAAAUUAAAAAAAAAAAUAGACUACACAGAACUGCAGUGCAAAGCGAUGCUCAAAAAAAUCUUGUGCCACUCACUGUAGUGGGACCAAUGGCUGUGCUGGCUUCUGGGUAGAUAUUUAAGCACUGGAGUCUUGUUCUGUUGUUUAUUGAAAUGGGAGGAUUUUCCUUCAGCUGUAACAGGAACUGAAGCAGGGAUAGACGUCUCUGUGAAGUUAACACACAUGGUCUGGAGCUCCCAUUGGAAAAGGAAUCUUAUUCCAACAACGGCCAAAGAGCCGUGCAGUUGUUCAGUUUUUGUCUUAAAGCUGAAGAAGGUGUUAAACCCUUCUCUGUGCCAUCCCAAAAAGCAAAUGAUUUUCUUUUUCUUUCAUUUUCAUCCCAGCCACUUAUUACUCCUCUCUGGUGAAAUGUCAUUGCAGAAGGGUGCUGGGCCAGGAGCAGUACUUUCAUCUUCUGUCCAGAGGUAAUACAUGUGCCAAGGUAAAUAAAAAGCUGGGCAGAGAUAACCUUUCUUUUUGUCAUGUUGGUGUUCGUGGGCUUUUUUUAAUUUAUUUUUUUUUCACUUUGCUAAUUAAGAAAAUAAAUUAUAAAUUCAUGGCUCACUCUGAGCAGCUAUAAUAUUCUUGUUCAUGAAACCCAUAAUAACUAAGGUGCAAAUUACAUAGUGAGGGAGUAAUUUUCAUAUCACUGAAUUGACAUUAAUAUCUUAUUUGCAGAUGUAAUCAAAGAGAAUACCUUUCUUUGCACUUAACAAAUUAAGAAGCAGAACUGAAACAGUUGCAGGCUGAUUGACCAUAUUAGUGACAAACUGGGACUUUUCAACAGUAUUAGGAGAAUUUUUUCAUGUGCCCACUGAAAAACAAUGAAAAUGCAGUGCUUUCAUCUUCAGUCUCUACAACAGAAACCUGAUACAAUAAUCCUAAUGCUGGGGGAAAAGAAAAAAGAAGUUAGAUGAGUUGGACUGAUAGGAAACAAAGGAAAACUGAAAUAGUCACCGCAGCUCUUGCAAAUGGUGCAUUUGUUUCCAGUUUAGCACUAACCUCUAUGGAAGAGCCCUGUGAACUGUAAUAGCUUUAGCUGUAUACAGUAAAUUCAAACACAGAAAUACCAAUCUGAAACCUCUGUUCCUCACAUGGUUUGUAUGUUUGCAGACUCCUUCGGUGUCAGGGAAGUUUCCCAAAAUUCACAGCUCAAAAUGAAUCCUUCUUUGUAGAAGGGUGGCAUCAUUAAGCAAAAGAAAUCGUUCUCCACCAUAGCGGCUGUACUGAAGCCGUUUGCCUUUUAAUACUAGAUUUCUGCCCUGGCCUUCAACAAUUUUACUGCCUCAGACAUAAACAGACUUUUUUGCAGGGCGACUCCUGCCAGAUUCCAUCUGGGCUCCUGCUCCCUGAACCGUGGCACGUAAGAUUCUUCUGAGCUCGCUUUUUACAGGCAGCCCCUUCACACGGCACUCAAAAACUCUUGCAACUAGUGAGUGAAUCCAAUUUGAAUUAACCCUACAGGAACACUGGAGUUCAGAGCUAGGGUUGCUAAUACUGCUGGUUUUACAUCUCUGCAAUCACAGGGGAGGACCUGAUGUGUCCCAGCGUACAAGAAGCCAUUCAUCAGGUAGCUCGGAACUUUGUUCUCAUUAGUGUUAAAUCAGGUGGCUGAUGAGACUCUCAUGAAUACCACUGGGGUAAGUGAUGGAAACUAGCUUAUGUAUCUGCCUGCAGAUGUGGCCUAGACUCAGGAGGACUGAAGUCCAGAGCCCUUGGGCUUUUCAUGGUCAUGGUGUAGGCUGGAAUUGGGAAAGUCGUAUGGCUUCUUGUCCUUUGUACGAGAAAGCUUCUUUACAACUUCCCAGAGAUGCUGUGAGAAUUAAACUAGUCAAAGAUUGGCCUAAACUCCUGAUUUUGGAGUUUUGUUUUCUCCUUCCAGAAAAGCUUGCUGGUAUGUAGGUUUGGGAUUCCAGCCCAUUUCAAAGCUAAGGGCCAGCCAGGAGGUGUAGAUCUCAAUCUGUGUUAUUUAGGGUGCUGUGGUGAGCUGGGCUGGUGGGCAGCGAGGUGAGAGCCAAACUUUUCACACAUUAAAUACCCAAUGGAUGAAAAGUGGUUGUCAAAGAUUGAGUCGUGUUAUUGUUUGAGGUACUGUGGCUAAUUUCUGGACCUGAUGUAUCUGGGCAAAGGUACUAUCGUGCUUUUGUUUUCACCCCUGAAACACCAAAGCCAUCUGCCUGUUGGAAAGAUUAAGCAUUCAAAACAGUUGUCUUUGUUUUUUGUUAUGCAAGUUGUUUUGGCUUCUAAAAUUGCUGUAAAUAUAUUUGGAAGACGGUGCAUAUAUGUAUAUGUACAUAUAUAUGUAUGUAAGUAACACAGAGGCUCUCAUCAGCCACCUGUUCAUGGAAAGCUCCCCUCUGAUGCUUCAGGAUUUGACUAGAUAAUGCUGGUGGAUUUAUCUUAGUUGCACUGCAGUUAAGAACCACUGGGAUAUUCCUGCAUCACAAUAUUUAUCGCAUUUUGCAAUACAAGCUCAUUUAUCUGUUCCAAGAAGGAGGUUUUUGCCAAAGAGACCUUACCUUUUUAAGGUGCACAUGUUAGCCAUAAAAAAAAAAAAGUAUAUAUAUAUACAUAUCACUUCAUUUUUGCCUGUGGUAAAGUCUAGACUGUUCUUUUCAGAAAGAAUUGGAAGAUCACACAGACACCUCUGUUUGAGUCUGCAGAGUUUUUGCUUGUGCUGCUUUGGCCUCUUUGAGCAUUUGUUGGCAAGUAGGGCCUGAUCCUGUGAUUUGUGUGGCCAGACAGGGCACAGAAGGGUCCAGGAAUCAGGUUCUAAUUUAGCAAAAUACUUAAGCCCGUGGGGAUUGUUUAAGCAUAGGCUUAAAGCCAUUGCGUGGUGUGUUAUAAGCUAUGGGUCUGCAGUCGUUAAUGCCAGACUGGCUCUGCAUCACCCCAUCCGACAAAUUGGAACUGGGUAGGAUGGGGCCACAGUCGAAUUUAUGCUAAACUCACUUGAACGUGUGGUACAGCUCCUGUGUCACCUUUAUUCAGGAAUGCAAACAGCAGGAGCUCGAAAGUAACGUCUGGACAUCAGGAGGGUGAGCUGUUACAAGAUCAGUGCUUGGCAUGGGGUGGCUGUGGCACUUUCCAUAUGUCACAAGUAGCCCCACAGCCAGAUUUACUUUGUCUUUGAACCAUGGCUUUAAAUGUCUGCUUAAAGUUUCUCCCAAAGCUUGGGUUGCCUUGGUUACAGCCCAAUCCUUAUGCACAUCCCCAAGGCUAACACUACAAUUUUAUGAAUGUGAUGGUUUUAUUGUCACUUAUUUUAAUCGUUGCCUGAGCGUUCCUUUUAAAAACAGAAAGCAACACCAUUGCUUUAGCUUAUCAGAUAAUGCACCUUUGAUUUUGUUGGGUUUUUUAAAUGUAUUCAUUCUUGGAUUUUUAUCACAACUGCAAAACACUUGGGUAAUGACUUAAUCAUAGAGGAGUGAAAGUAACAAAGUAUUCAUCGGAGUGGACACUACAUAAGGUGUUCAGCCUGAUGGCAGGUUUGCAAAACUUCCCUGGGAUAUGGGCCUUACAUUGAUUUCCUGCCUAUCAGCAAAGUGUGCCUGAGAAGAAUGAGGAAAAGUUGUGUUUCGAAGAAUCGGUGGUGGUUGAAGGGAAUAUGCAGCAAGUCAUGCUGAAAUCUCUUUGAAUCUGGUCCAGCUCCUGCCAGACUGUGGUCAGCAAAACCUAGCCUAGGUCUGAUAAAUGCUGAUUUUAGGGUAACGUUGCUUUUGAUUUUGAAGUAGUCCAGCAGAUAAGGGAUAACAGAGUCCAGAGAAGGUCCAGAGAAGGGCCACGGUUGCCUUUCUUUGGUAACCAUGGUAGACACUUAGUGCCUUGGAUGAACAGCUCAGACAGGAAGUGAAUUUUGAACUGUCUUGUUAUUGAUGUCUGAUUCCUGCAGUUGGUUCAUCACAUUGAUUUGAUAUUUCUUCACAGAGCUGUGUUGCCUACACUUGACAUACAUUUCAGUCCUGUAAAUUAGAGCUAGCAGAGAUGUGGGGAAGAAUCUCAUGGUGGUGGAAUUCCCAAUCGAAAACACUAGUGAUGGUAAUAGAGGGCUUGUUGCCAAAGGAUGGCAGGAACUACUCAGUACUAACUGGAGGCUGGUAAGGCACCAGCUGAGGAAGCUGGAGAACACUAUUUCCAGUUUGUCCUGGUCCCAAUUUUUACACUAAAUCAUGUGAUGUUGGAAGGGCCUUCUUUUUAAUGAGAAAUUCUCUCUUUGCAGUGUUAUCCACAACAGUAUUUCUUGCUGUUGUAAUUAAAACCUUAAUCAGUUUUUAUCUAAAUGGA